AUGACGCUCCCCCUUCCAGAUAGGUCCACAAAACUCCCCCUUUUACAUGGGAAUACCACACUCUCUGGAGCACUCGACCAGGACAGCCGCAACAUCCUUUUCGAGCUAGAUUACCCACAGAAGCAGCUUGACUUUUUCUUCUACCUCUGGGAGCAUCAGAAGGAUCUUGAGAAACUUGUCUCAUUUCACCUAGGAGUUCCUACCGAGACAUGCAAAGUCGCAGAAGAUUUUCGAGAGUGGGUUCGAGGCAGCUUCAAUGCCUGUAUACCUGUCUAUAUCGACGACAACUCUGAUCCUACCUCCUCUCCCGAUGACCCUCGCCGUGACCCUCUGAACGAUACCCAUCUCAACGACACGCAUCCCAACCCCGUCAAGAAGGUAUUCAUUAGAUUCCCUCUGCCGUACAAGGUUGGAGAGUCUCCAUAUCCUGGUAACGCAGAGGAAAAGCUCCGCUGUGAAGUCGGUACCUAUAUCUGGAUUGAGAGUAACUGUCCGGAUAUUCCUAUACCGUAUCUUAGAGGAUUCGGCUUUUCUGAUGGUCAAAGUUUUACUGUGCCGGAAAACGCGUCUCUUUCGGCACGAAUUGCAUGGUCCUUUCGACGCGCGGCAUCGUGGCUUUUUGGAUAUCCUGCUCCGUCCCGAUAUAUCCGCCAACGAUCACCAGUCUCCAUGAAUACUGGAUAUAUGAUUGUGGACUGCGUUACAGAGGGUGAGAUGCUCUCUGUAACCUGGGACUUCCAGCGUAGGAAUAAAGACCGAAGGACCAAUCUCUUUACUGGUCUAUCUCGAAUCAUGCUAUCGUUGGCUCGGGUACCACUUCCGCGCAUCGGAUCCUUCACAAUUGACAACGAUGGCGUCCUAAGCCUUACCAACCGGCCCCUAACAUGUACCCUACAGCAAUUGGAGAACUAUAACAUCCCAACAGAGAUCCCAAGGAACCUAACUUAUGUUACCACCGACGCAUACCUGCUGGAUCUUCUUGCAUGCCACGAUAACCGAAUUCGGUAUAUGCCAAAUUCCAUACUCGAUAUAGCGGACGGCCAAGAGCAACUUUCGGCUUUAACGAUGAUGCGAGCUCUUGUUCGACAUUUUACUAAUCGCAAGCUCCGAAGUGGACCGUUUUUCUUAAUGCUUACUGACCUCCAUCAAAGCAAUAUCUUUGUCAACCGUGACUGGCACAUCACAUCGAUCAUUGACCUUGAGUGGGCUUGUGUUCUGCCGAUAGAGAUGCAGCAUCCACCAUAUUGGCUGACUGGGGCGUCGAUAGAUAGGCUUGUUGGAGAAGAACUCGAAGCUUUUGAAAGCGUACAUGCAGAGUUCAUGGCAAUCUUUGAAGAAGAAGAGCAGCGCUCAUUCACAAAGGAUGGGAUUUCACACUCUCGUAUUAUGCGCAACGGCUGGGAAACUGGGAAUUUCUGGUACUUUUCUGCCUUGGACUGUCUGAACGGGCUCUACCAUCUCUACAUAUCACAUAUUCAGGGGAUAUUUGCUCCCAUGGAAAAUUCCGAAUUCAACCGGACUGUGUCCGCGUACUGGACCCGUCACACGGAGGAGUUCUUGCGCGAGAAAGUAAGGGAUCAAGAAGAGUAUUCAAAUUGUCUCCGCAAAAGAUUCGCGGCUGAGGUUGACAAGUAGACUAGACGACCUUAGCCUAGAGAGAACUGGGCCAAAGCAUGUUGAGAACCUAAUUGUGCCUCCACCCUACCCAG